ACUUGUUGUAUACCUUUCGCUGUCUCUUAUGUCCAAAUCGAAUGGUUCGCAUUCCCAACAAUAAGAACUGACGUUGACGUCGCAGUCUCUGCCUCGACCAUGGGCCACAAAGUCAGCGAUGCAGAAGCGGCGCUUCAUGACCAGACACAGCUGUUGCCGAAGAAACAGCUCAUCUUUGUCUUUCUGAUCAUGGACUUGGCGCUCCUGGUAUGCUUCAUCGACCAGAAUGGCAUUGGCGUCUUGCUACCGGACAUUGCGCGGGACUUGAACGCCUCCUCAACGAUAACCUGGGCUGGAACCAGUGCACUUAUAGCGAACACCGUAUUUCAAGUGCUCUACGGACGCCUAAGCGAUCUUUUCGGUAGAAAGACGGUCCUCCUAUGGGCGCUUGUCCUACUAUCGUUGAGUGACUUGGCGUGCGGUUUGUCUGUCAAUGCUACGAUGCUCUAUAUCUUCCGUGGAUUGGCUGGCGUUGCGAAUGGCGGCAUUACAAGUCUGACCAUGAUGAUCGUAAGCGAUAUCGUAACGCUUCAAGACCGUGGGAGGUAUCAGGGCAUUUUAGGCGCUUGCAUAGGAAUUGGUAACGCUAUUGGACCUCUAAUCGCUUCGGCCUUUGCUCUGCAUUCGACAUGGCGUGGACUGUUCUACCUUUUGGCGCCUCUAAUCAUGGUCACUGUUGUGGCAAGCUGGAUCUACCUUCCCAGCAACAUGCCCAAACUGAAUCUCAGAGACACUCUUGCUAAGAUCGACUUCCUUGGUCUCUUCUUUGGCAGUGCCGCGGUGAUCCUGCUGCUGAUCCCAGUGUCAUCUGGCGGCCAUCCGGGAACACCUUGGGAAUCUCCAGAGAUCAUUGCCAUGUUCGUGGUUGGCGGUGCUUGCCUGUUUGCCUUCAUCCUGGCAGAAGGCAAGUGGGCCAAGCUUCCAAUGAUGCCGCUCAGCAUAUUCACGAGAGUCUCAGUAGCCGCUAUGCUUGCUCAAUCCUUUUUGCUCGGCGCUUGCUACUACUCCUAUCUCUACUUCAUCCCGCUAUACUUCCAGAAUGUCCGUGGGAAAACUCCACUGAUUGCAGCGGCUCUGCAAUUACCUCUCGUUGGAGCGCAGUCUUCGUUCUCGACCUUAGGCGGUCUCUAUAUGUCAAAGGUCAACCGGUACGGAGAAGUCAUCUGGACUGGCUUCGGUCUUUGGGCGUUGGGUUCUGGUCUGCUUGUACUUGCAAGCGAAACCAUCAGCUUUGGCUGGAUUGCGCUGUUCCUGAUCAUAAUUGGUGUUGGGACGGGGCUGACCUUUCAGCCAACGCUAGUGGCUCUGCAGGCUCACUGUCCGAAGGCACAGCGAGCCGUGAUUGUCAGCAACCGCAACUUCUUGCGCAGUUCCGGAGGCGCGGUCGGGCUUGCAGUGUCCUCCGCAAUCCUAGCGAACGUUCUGAAAGGGUCAUUGCCCACAAGACUUGCCUCGCUGGCAAAUAGUACGUUUGCGGCACCCGAUCUGUCUGGGUACUCCGCUGCGGAUCAAGCGAUCGUCAAGCAUGCGUACACAACUGCGAGCAGAGCGGUCUUCAUUUGGUGUGUUCCAGUCAUGGGACUCUGUUUCCUGCUGUGCGCGUUGAUAAAAGAUGAAGGGCUAGUGCGAAAGGAGGAGCUCGAAGCUGCGACGCCGCCAGCUGCUGACGGGACGCCACGGCGAUCAGCGGAAGAUCUUGAGAAAAAUGGUCCGGGCAAUAGUGUGACCCGAAUGACUGCGGCCAAUAAGGAAUCGGACCUUAGCGUCGCUCUUGAGCCCACGAGCGCUUCCGCAAGCCGUAAGCCAUCGUUGACGAGCAACAUGAGCGAGAAGACUAGGCCGCCAUAACGCAAGGUCAGGGCUCUGCUUGCCAAACCAGACU